AAAAAAUUACAUAACACUUUAACAGGAGCUGACGGUAACACGUCUUUAAUGCUGGAAGGUCAGGAAUCUGUACAUAAAUCUGUAAUUGAUCGUAUUAGCUCUUAAAAAACAAUAAAAGGUAAUAUUCACGGGUGGCUUUGAAAAUCAACUCUCAUCAUGGGCAAGUUCUGGGACCAGUUAUAUUGGCUACUUUAUCGCAACUUUCUCUUCAAGAUACGAUUUAAACAGCUCACAUUUCAGGAGAUCUUCAUUUCCCUCAUUUUCGUUGCCAAUUUGGCCACAGUGCGCUUCACCACUCAAACUGAACCCAUACCGGCAAUUCCCUCUAAGUCCUUGAAAUCGUACGACCUAUUUGAUCCGCGUUUUGCAUCGAACAUCCAGUCCUUCCCCAUAGCCUUCACCCCCAACACGUCGGACACAGAGAGCAUUGCGUCUGACCUGGCGUCGUUGCUCAACGUAACAGCUAUUCCGGGCUAUGUCGGGUAUGCCUCCGAGGGGGAUAUUGUGGAUGAUGUGGUCAAUGGAACAGCAAACAUAAGUGUAGCUUUGGUAUUUGAUGAGAACUUUCCAUCUAAUUUAUCCUACAAAAUCCGACUUACCUAUGGAGCUGUGUCUCUAGAUUAUGGACCUUAUGUGGGUCGUGGCUCUCCGAGUUGCUAUAACGAUGAUCCAGCGUAUGGUCUAACCUAUCCUUGGCGUAACUGUCCUGCAAACACUUAUCUAUACUCGGGCUUCUCAGCAAUACAAGCCAUGGUAGAACAUCUGAUGGUUAAGGUGAGCUGAGAGAAUUUAAGAUGAUGAUGAUCAUGGUGAUGAUAAUGAUAAUGGCAGGGACGACAAUAGUGGUGGUGACAUCAUUCAUGAUGGUGGUUAUGGGUGAUUACAGAAAGCAAUAAUGACGACGAUGAUGAUGACAGUAAUGAUGAUUAUGAUGAUGAUUUUCGUUUUGAAUUGGGGAUAUUCAUACCAAUUAUCAUUUUUUGAUUGCUUGUUAAUAAAGAUCAUGCAAAUUAAUCUAAAGUCCCUCACAUGUAUGUACACUAGUGCUGAUAUCGGUAAGAAAAUUUUCUGUCGAUAUAUCGCUAAAAACAUCUUACCGAUAUCGACAACUGUCGACAAAAGAACAUUUUAUUAAGAGGUUGACAGUUUUUUUUAUAAUGUUACAUAGAAAAUCAAUACGCGUUGCAUUGAUUAGCGAUGCACAGUACUCACGCCGGUCAAAAUUUGUAUCUGCCACUGUACCAACAACGCUUUAAAAUCUGCAUUCAUCGAAUCUAAACAAGUACAUAAUUGUAAAAAGCAUAUUUAGCAUGAAUACAUCCUCACCUUUCACAUUAUUAGCAUUAUUUUAGGGUUGGAUGAAAUUCAAUCAAUAAUUUGGGGGCUUUUUGGAUGUUGUGAGCAGUCAACGACUUUCGCCUUAUCCACCAUUUUGAAUUUCGUGCUGUUACAUCUUCGAAUGAAGAGGGCAGCAACACACGGCCGUGUUGCUUAGAUUUGGUACUUGUUUUGGUCACUAAAUUGAGCUUGUGCUUAUGAAUGUUUUUGAUAUGAUCAUGGAGUCGAGGGCAGUCACGAUGUUUGGAUUGUCAUGAUUGUAGCGAAGUGAGAUCUUGUUUUGUGGCUAGUAAGUAGUAUUCGUAUUUUGUUGAGAUUGUGGAGUGAUUUCUGUUGCUGUUUUGUGCAUUUUGAGGAAAAAAUAUGUUGUCUGUGAUUUUCUGUUUGAAAAGCCACUUUCUGUUUCAAAAGGCCGUUUCCAUGAAUUAUGUCUGUUUUCCGCGAUCACGGAAAAUCACUGUCCCUACAUCGUAGCGGGUAUUAUCGACAAUGAGAGAAAGGUUAUCGAUAAUCGCUAAGCAGCAAAAACAUGCAUUUGUCGACAGGACUAUAGGUUAUCGAUAACAGCACUAAUAUACACAGAAUUUUUUUAUUGACCAAGUUCUGAUGGUUGUAGUGAUGGUGAGGAUGACGUUGAUGGCAAAGGUGAUGAUGAUGAUGAUGAUGAAGAUGAUGAUGAUGAUUAUAAUAAUGUAGUAAUAGUGAUUUCAGAUUUCAGUAUCCAUCACAUUUUUAUCUGCUUUUUAAUGUAGAUACUCCUGUAUUAAAAGAGCAUACAAGAUACAGUGUAUGCACAAAAAUCUCUUAUUUUCACCUGUACAUAAUACUUUUCUACAUGGACUCAACGAGGGAGGUCAAAGUAUGAAUGCCUUAAAUAGAGUACAGCUUAUGCCUUUACACUGAGGGUGUGAUGGGAAACAUGUCUGUGUGUUAUGUAAUGUUUACGUAAUUGGGUGAUCACUUGUGACAUACUUGCUCUAUUCAACACAAUAUUUGCUUCCAAGGAAUCUGCAGUAUUCACUGGCAUACAUGUACAGUGUACAUCAGGGUGAUUUCACCCUUGAUAUAUAUAGAAAAUCCACAUUCACUGCACUUUUAAAACUUAUCCAAUGAUGUAGAUUUAGGCAGUAGAUUGUGAAAAGUAACCCCUG